AUGUUGAUGUGUGUUGUGUUUGUGUUUGUCAGGUUUCCAAACCCAGCACAGAUCUGCUACGUGAACUCCAGCCUCCAGAGCCUGCUCACACUGACGGACUUCACCAGGGCCGUCAACAGCCAGGAGGACGUGUGGGGUUCAAUCCCCGAGGCUGAACUGAUCAGAAGAUUCCUGAACAUUGCGAGGUGCCACAAAUCCAUGGACUCACCGCUCAAACUCAAGGCCCUCUAUUCGUUCAAGAGGACCCUCUCUGAUCAGGCACCUGAGUUCCAGGAUCACCGGCAGAAA